ACAAAAACAAAACGGCCAAAAAAAAAAAAAAAUCUCUCUUACUUCCAUCGAAAUCUAAUCUCCUUCUUCGAGCUCUUCACAUCCUCCCGGAUCUUCUAAUGGAUGAUCAGGCGAAGAAGAGGAGUGAGCUGCUCCAACCUCAUACUAGAUGAAAAGGAUUAUAUGAACUAGUGGAAUGGAAAAGAAAAAAGCUACUGAUGAGUUUGAGCCAGGACCAGUUCCCCCUUUAAGACCAGUCGACAGGUUUGGAUUUGUCAAACAGGAUCAGACUAACUCUCAGGAAGGCUCAGCUAAAAGCAAACCCAUCAAUGAACAGGAGAGGGAAGAAAGGAGAAUUAGGAAGUGGAGAAAAAUGAUAGGUGUUGGUGGGAGUGAUUGGAAACAUUAUGUCAGAAGAAAACCUAAUGUUGUUAAACGGCGUAUCAGAAAGGGGAUUCCUGAUUGUUUGAGAGGACUUGUUUGGCAGUUGAUUUCUGGAAGUCGCGACCUCCUGCUCAUGAAUCCUGGAGUUUACGAGCAACUUGUGAUAUAUGAAACAUCUGCAUCAGAAUUGGACAUAAUUCGAGACAUUUCGCGAACUUUUCCUUCACAUGUCUUCUUUCAACAGAGACAUGGGCCAGGUCAAAGGUCAUUGUACAACGUCUUAAAGGCAUAUUCUGUAUACGAUAGGGAUGUUGGUUAUGUUCAGGGAAUGGGAUUUUUAGCUGGUUUGCUGCUUCUUUAUAUGAGUGAAGAAGAUGCGUUUUGGCUACUAGUUGCUUUAUUGAAAGGAGCUGUUCAUGCACCAAUGGAAGGGUUGUAUUUGGUUGGUUUGCCACUUGUACAACAGUACCUAUUUCAGUUUGAACAGUUGGUGAAAGAACAUUUACCCAAGUUGGGACAACAUUUUUCUCAAGAAAUGAUCAAUCCGAGCAUGUAUGCAAGUCAAUGGUUCAUAACCAUUUUCUCUUAUUCGUUCCCAUUUCCUUUGGCGCUUCGCAUAUGGGAUGUCUUUCUCUAUGAGGGUUUUCAAAUUGUUUUCCAAGUGGGUUUGGCCCUUCUGAAGUUAUGCCACGAUGAACUGGUAAAAUUACCUUUUGAGAAACUUAUACACGCUUUACGCAACUUCCCUGAGGAUGCAAUGGAUCCAGAUACAUUGUUACCCCUUGCCUUCUCAAUUAAGGUAUCGAAACGGCUGGAGGAGCUGAAACAGGAAUAUGAGGAAAAGAACAAAGGAUCGUUAACACAGUCAGUGUCAAAUAAUAAGCAGCUUAAGCAUCUCCAUUCUUUGAAGUCUAAACAGUUGUUAUCUAAGUCUCCAUGAAAUAUUUGUUGUAUGUACAGAAUGAUUUGCAUUUGUAAUAUUAUUUCCUGAAAGUGAUGGCAGAAUUUUCAUUGCAGUUCCAAAAACCACUUGCUUUGUAUAGCAUUUGUUGUAUUUUCUUUA